UGGCUCGUCCCCGUGUGGAAGCUUGGGACUGAAAAAAUGGUGGCGAGUACACGGGUUCAGAAGCUACUCCGCCGAUACAAACUGGCGAUCGCCGCCGCGCUUACUAUUCUUCUCAUUCAGGGACUAGUUGUGUGGAGCCUGCGGACUCUGGAGGAAGGGGAGGUGGAGAGGAAGCACAGAAGGUCCAAGCUCCCAGACAACAACAGCCAGAACCCAAAGAAAGAGUCGCCCACCUGGGAGCGGCAGAAUGACCGGCUGGGUCGGAACCGCAGCCGGUGGAAGCCCGGGAUGGAGCGACCGGGGGCCACGGCGGCCAGCGCCCUGAGGCGGGGGCCGCAGCGCCACAGGGCCGGCGGCCGCGACAAGGGCUCGCAGGGCCAGGGCGGCGCGGCGGAGGGCCUGCCGCACGACCCCUCCAGCAGCCGCAACUUCACGGAGCUGAAGGGCGGGGAGGGGGCGGCCAGGAACGCGCCGGCGCAGCAGGGCGACAUGGGCAGCGUGGAGGGCGCCCCUCAGGCCCCCGCAAGUGACUUUGUCCCCAAGUGCGAGAUCGCCGGCAAGGACGCCUUGUCCGCCCUGCACCGCGCCAGCACACGCCAGUGCAAGCAGGAGAUUGCCAACAUUGUUUGCCAACACCAGGAAGGGCUGCUCAUGCCACAGUCACUGCCUCAGUUCUGCCAGCAGCACGCUCUUUCAAGUCCCAUGCUGCAAGGGGAUGACCUGGACAAUGACCUGCCCAAGGUGGAUAACCCAGUCAGGCUAGCCUUUGUCCUGGUGGUCCACGGUCGUGCCAUUCGGCAACUGAAGCGUCUGAUCAAAGCCAUAUAUCACCAGGACCACUUCUACUACAUCCAUGUGGAUAAGCGCUCAAACUACCUGCACCGUGAGGUGCAGCAGAUUGCCAAACUGUACCCCAAUGUGCGCACCACACCCUGGCGCAUGGUGACCAUCUGGGGUGGCGCCAGCCUACUGAAGACCUACCUGCGCAGCAUGCAGGACCUGCUCUCCAUGCUGGACUGGAAGUGGGACUUCUUCAUCAACCUCAGUGCCACCGACUUCCCUACCAGGACCAAUGAAGAAUUAGUGGACUUUCUCUCCCGGUAUCGAGACAAAAACUUUCUGAAGUCACACGGAAGAGAAAAUGCAAGGUUCAUUAAGAAGCAGGGUCUGGAUCGACUCUUUCACGAGUGCGACUCCCACAUGUGGAGGCUGGGCGAGAGGAUCAUACCCCAGGGCCUGGAGGUGUCGGGCGGAUCCGACUGGUUCUCUCUCAACCGCCGCUUCGUCGAGUACGUCAUCAACUCCCAGGACCAGCUGGUGUCAGGGCUUAAGCAGUUCUACACAUACACACUCCUCCCUGCAGAGUCUUUCUUCCACACAGUGCUAGGCAACAGUCACAUGUGUGACUCUCUGGUUGACAAUAACCUACGCGUCACCAACUGGAACCGCAAGCUGGGCUGCAAGUGUCAGUACAAACACAUUGUAGACUGGUGUGGCUGCUCUCCCAAUGACUUCAAACCCAGCGACCUCGUCAGGAUCCAGCAGCUGACCCGGCCCACUUUCUUCGCCCGCAAGUUUGAGUCGACAGUCAACCAGGAGGCCAUCAGCAUCCUCGACGCCCAUCUGUACGGCCACUACCCCCCCGGCACACCUGCGCUCAAGGCCUACUGGGAGAGCCUGUUCGAGAGCGCAGAUGGGGUGAGCUCCCUCAGUGACGUGGCCCUCACCUCCUACUCCUCCUUCUUCCGGCUGGGGCUCCGCAGCCUGGAGGCCACACAGGGUAGCAACGAGGCCUGCAGGUAUGAGCCCAUUGGCUACCCUCUUUCAGUGCACCUGUAUUUCUAUGACGACCGUUUCCAAGGCUACCUAGUAAAGCAGGAGGUUCUGAGUUUAACAACAAGGGAAAGGCAGACCCUGGAGGUUUGGGCGGUGCCCCAGACCACGCUGCAGCUAGAGGGCAACCUGCGGGAAUUCGAGCGCCUCAAAAACCUGGAGGUGGGGACAGAGUGGGACCCCAAGGAGAGGAUUUUCCGGAACUUUGGGGGGGUGAUGGGCCCCCUGGACGAACCAGUGGCAGUGCAGAAGUGGGCGAGGGGCCCCAAUUUGACAGCCACCAUAGUCUGGAUCGACCCAUCGGAGGUGGUGGCCGCCUCCUACGACAUCAGCGUGGACGUGGAGGCGGAGUUCACGCAGUACAAGCCCCCCCUGCAGCGCCCCCUGCGGCCGGGAGCCUGGACCGUGCGAGUACUGAGGCUGUGGGAGAGCGUGGCGGAGACACGGUUCCUCGUCACGCCCCUGGCUUUCAACGGGCGACAGCCACUGCAAAAAGAUGAGGACAGCUGGCUGCAUGCUGGUCCUCCUGGCAAUCUGUACAUGGAGCAGGGCUUCCAGCAGCUGAACCAAGUCCUGAAGCUGACCAAGGGGGAGGAGGCCCUGGAGGAAGCCCAGCGGAAUGCUGAGCUUGUGGACAAGCCCCUUGAGGACUGGAUUGACACUAGCGUCGGGGCAUUCUGGGUAACGGGUGACAUUUGCACCGCUCAGCCCUCGCCCUGCCCGUCUCUGGUGCCCUGUACCACGUCCAGCUGGAGCUCUCUCUCCCCUGAUCCCAAAUCCGAAUUGGGGCCUGUCAAAAAAGACGGCCGUAUCAGGUAGCCCCCAGAAACCCCGUGUGUGAAGCUGGCGGACACUGAGUCAUGAAAAGAAAAACUUCUUUCAGGGUCAAGCGUAAGGAACAAGGCCUCAGGGACUGUAAUGCUGGUGGGGCCGGAGGCAAUUGGGAGGUUCCUUUCAGUAAAGACCACAACAGUGUGGUCAGCAGAGCCUGUGAGAGGAAGCCGAAGAAAAGCUCUGGAAUUUUGCACAUAAAUAUUUAGACUUACUUUUUGGGUUUUUUUUAUUUUUGGAAGGAGACUUUUGUCGCUGAGGCAUUGUUUUGUGUUUCUUGAAACACAACUCUGAAAUGCAGGCUUUGGCAGAGGCCUUGCGGAUUGAACUUUAAAGAGGUGAGGGCUUUGGUCUUUAUUUUUUUGACAGUGUCACAAACAUUACAGAUGUGAAACUGAAAUGAACAAGAAGCCUUUUGUAAUUUAAGGACAAUGAAACUGGCCAACUUUAUACCUGACUACCACAUUUCAUGUUUUUGUGUUUGUUUGUUUUUGGAAAACAGGGGUGCUUGUUUUUUUUUUUUUAUGCUCAUCAUUUGGGCCUUAUUGUGAAAACAUUAGGAACUGAUAGAAGAAGUGCACUUUACUGUAAGACUUUACUACAGUGAGCCUUCCUUCAGAGGGCCAGUGGCUGGAGCUUGGGCAAUGGAGGAACUUAUUUAGAAAUGGUGGGUGAAGUCAUCUCACAGAACAGUGAUCUUCAUUUGCUGUGUUCCCGUAUGCUGUUGCAAAACUGUUGCAAAGUUCUACUCUGCUCUACACUGUUCCACUGACUGAACUUAGACAGGGUGAUAGCUAAGAUCAAUGGCUGCGUAUGUGUAGACAACAUAAACCUUACUGGGAUUUGAAAAGGUAUGCCCUUGCAAUACAAUUUCCCAGGCUAUUUACGGCCUGGUAUUUUGUUUUGUGUUUAUUUAUUUGUUUCUUUAUAAGCUUUUCAUGGGAUAUCAUGGUAUUACCGUCCAUUCUGGCAGAGCCAUUUGUUUGGGUAUUGAGGAAGUGCCUGCCUGCAUUAUUUACACAUAUUGGUCCCAGAUGUUCAGUACC